CUAGCCCUUGUCUGGCAUAUGACAGAUGAUUAAUAACUGUUUGUUGAAUUGAAUCAACAAAUAAUCUGUCCUUUCUUUAAGAUACCUGUGGCAUGUUCCAUUGACCUUCAUUACCAGCAAAUCAGACUCCAUCCAAAGAUUUUUGCUGAAGACAAAAACAGAUGUGCUCAUCCUCCCGGAAGAGGUAGAAUGGAUCAAAUUUAAUGUUGGAAUGAACGGGUAUUACAUUGUGCAUUACGAGGAUGACGGAUGGGAUUCUUUGACUGGCCUUUUAACAGUAGCACACACGACAAUCAGCAGCAACGAUCGGGCCAGUCUCAUCAACAAUGCAUUUCAGCUCGUCAGCAAUGGAAAGCUAUCAAUUGAAAAAGCCUUGGAUUUAACCCUGUACUUGAAACGUGAAACUGAAAUUAUGCCGGUGUUCCAAGGUUUGAACGAGUUGAUACCUAUGUAUAAGUUGAUGGAGAAAAGAGAUAUGAAUGAAGUGGAAAAUCAAUUCAAGGUAGAAGCCUUCAAUAAAGUGAAUAGUUACGUGCUGGUUUGCUUUUGUGCGGGUGUGGGAAGGCAUCCUCACCAUUGUGUAUGUAUGUAUGUCUUCAUAUAUGUUAAAAUUACAUCAAAUUUAACUCAGUAUUGGGAUUAAAUAGCAAAGAUUUGGGUUUCAUUCUGACACAAAAAAGACACAGCAGUGUAAGAAUCUGUACUUAA